UUUGUGACGCUCGUCCGCAGCGAGCGGAGGGUCCCGCGGGCUCACCGAGCUGGCUGAAGUGCAUGAAGAUACUCUGGUCCAAGUAUGGAGGCCUGGCCAACGGUGGCCUGGGUCCUGCUCCUGACCGCCAUCGUCGACUGGGUGAAAACUGCACAGUCACGAGACUUCACCGUGAAGGAUAUCGUUCUGCUGCACCCCUCAACUACACCUCACCCUGGUGGAUUCAAGUGCUUCACGUGCCAAAAUGCUGCAGACAACUACGACUGCAACCGCUGGGCCCCGGACGUGUACUGCCCACAGGAUACCAAAUACUGCUCCACAUUCCACAUGAUGGACAGCAGUGGAGAAAGUGUAUCUGUGACCAAGCGCUGCGCCGCCCUGGAGGACUGUCGGUUCACUGGCUGCGCUGACGUCACUGAUGGCGGCUACCAGGUGUGCUCUUCCUGCUGUGAGGGGAACAUCUGCAACCUGUUGGUGCCCAGAAAUGCCAGCAGUGCCGUUUUCUCCUCCAUUUCUCCCCUGGUCAGUUUAAGCAGGAGCCUUCAUUCCAGAGCGCUGUGCUACAUCAUCAUCAUCAUCAUCUUCAUGUUCUUCACAGCUGGACACGUUCGAGACUUCAUUUAAAAAUCGAGUCGAACGUAUUGUCUGGCAUCGAGCAGCAGAACUGGGACUUGUGUUGGCUGCAUGGUUCAGAAACUUUCCUAAGACAACUUUAUAUGAAAGGCUGAAAAAUCCUUUCAGCAAAUCUUCCUUUCUCCUUUUCCGUUUUUUUAAGUGUGGACCUAAUAAGCUUUUCCAUGUUUUUUGUUGUAUUUAUACUCUUACACUGUACAUUGCUCGUAUUAAACAUGGCCAAAGUUUCAAAUACUAGCUCCACCCACUUGCUGUUCAAAAAGCAGCCAGUCAGAAGAAAGUUUAAAUACAUAAAAAUAAUUUAAUAAGCAGUGUGUCCAUGUUAUUGUUUAACCACGUCAUUUUGAGGUUGUUCCAAGAAUAAAUUGUGAAAUUGUUUAUAAUCA